AUGCCUGCCUCCUGUCCAGAGACCGAGGUUCUGCCUCAGUAUAGCUUCACCGACGACUACAGCGAAGGAGCUCACCCACAAUUACUUGAAGCGCUUCUGCGCUCAAAUUCCACCCAACAACUUUCCUAUGGCAAUGAUGAAUACAGCAAUGAAGCUCGCCGGUUAAUCCGGUCUCGUCUACAAGCUACCGAAGAUGAGGUAGACAUCCACUUCGUGCCCAGCGGCACCUCCGCCAACCUGAUCAGUAUCGCCAGCUGUCUACGGCCCUACGAGGCAGUAUUAACGGUAGACUCGGGCCACAUCGUCGACAAAGAGGCCGGUGCCAUUGAAGCCACCGGCCACAAGACCAUCCUCGUGCCGGGCGUUCGAGGCAAAAUGACCCCCGACAAUCUAGACCAUGUAGUGCGCCAGCACCAAUGGUGCCCUCACAAUGCUAAGCCACGUUUGGUGUAUAUCUCCAACGCCACCGAGCUGGGAACCGUCUAUACCAAACGCGAACUCCAAGAACUGUCGGCCGUGUGCAAGCAGUGGAAGCUAUUACUGCUUAUGGACGGCGCCCGCCUCGGCGUCGCGCUCAGCGCACCGUCCAACGACGUAACCCUCCGAGAUCUGGUCGACCUCCUCGACAUUUUUUGGAUCGGCGGUACUAAGAUGGGCGCCCUCCUGGGAGAGGCAAUUGUCGUGCGCUCCCAUCUUGCCGAGGGCUUCGUUUUCCACUUGAAACAACGCGGAGCCUUGCUGGCCAAGGCGCGCAUCAUGGGCGUCCAAUUUGCAGAGCUGUUCCGGGAGAACCUCUACUUUGAUCUGGCGACCCAUGCCAACACCAUGGCGCAGCGCAUCUCGGCCAACUUUGAAAAACUGGGCUAUCCGUUGGCUGCGCCGACUGAAACAAAUCAGGUAUUUGUCACUUUGCCCACGGCGUUGGUGCGACAGCUGCAAGAGCGGUUCCGGUUUUAUACCUGGGAUCCGUUGGAUGGGGAGCAGGCUGUGAUGAGAUCGGGAGCAGAAAGCUGCCCGGUGAACGGAAGCAAUGGCAGGCAGUGGUGCCCAGUUGCCACAUCUUCCAACCCCAUUGCUUCAAUCCCCUCGUCCGUUCUCAUCAGUGCCUGUGAUAUCUAUCGCAAAAAGUUUCCUGUAGCCAACUUCCUUCAUUAUCCGUCUCUGAUUGCUGAAAUCUCCACCAAUCCCUCGUCGGUGGAUUCAGUAUUCGUGGCUUCAUUGCUCGCCCUAUGUGCACGAUUCCUGCCGGGGCAUCAGUUGCAACCUGGAGAGGUAUACGCCGAGUAUGCGCGGGUGCAGUUAGCUCAUCGGGCCUUUGAAGGUCCUUCUCUUUACUUGGCACAGUCUUUGGUGAUAGUCUCAUUAUACGAAUGGGGGUCAGGCCGCCCUUAUAAGGCGUGGAUGUACAGCGGAAUGGCCACAUACAUGAUUCAAUCGCUCCUGAAGACUGCAGACGACAGCAUGGAACACAAUCCAGAUGAGUUUCAUUCCUCCCAGAUUCAAUACGAACAGCUGGUCCGCACGUACUGGUGCUGCUUCGCCCAAGACUGCGAGUUGAGCUCGGGUGCCCGUCAACACUUCGCCCUAUCUUUUCGCCAGAUAUCGGUACCACUGCCCAUUGGCGACCAUGAUUUCAACUUUGGUCGACGAGCAUCUCGUCGGCUGAUGCCUGCUAAUCUCACCCGAGACUCCCCUCUUUCCGCUGCCAUGACCAUCGAUCAUGGCUUAACGAUCGUCACGCGCGGUUUUGACAUCUUUGUGCGUAUCCUGCGGUUUGCGAACGAAAGCCGUCGUGGCCGGACAUCAUCAUCGUUGAAUACCGCGCUAUCGCCGCAGAAAACGUGGGAAAGUCUUAAGGAGGAACUGGAUGAAUGGCGAUCCCUGCAGGAUGUGACAGUCCGGUAUCCAACUACCAGUGCCCAAGCUCAUGUGGCUCUGGGCAUCCUCUUUCUUCAUCGCGACCGGGUGCUAUCGAGCUUGAAACUUCUGCAUGGCCCGAAUCAUGAUCCGCGAGUCGCAACAAACUUGGAAGAAUCCACCUGGUGCGAGGCCGCGAUUGAAGAGCUGUUUGAAGCGGCCCAGAACAUAGGUGGCAUCCUGUCCGCCCUCGAAGCCUCCGGUGCGUCAGUAAUUACUCCAUACGCAGGAUUUAGUGUCUUUGUUGCCGCUCAUAUCAAUAUGUAUGGCACUGUGUCGCCACGAGGUUACCCAGGGGGUCAAGAACGGGCUGAGCGAGAGAAAAGAGGGAACUUCGCAUAUCUGGAAAGACUUUGUGACUUCUGGCCAGUUGGCCAUAGCUGGUGGCGGACUGUGCAAGAGGCCAACAAAUUUUACGAAACUGCAAAGAGUAACCACGAGCACACAGUUUCCGGCGACCGCCCGGGCCACCUUACUCUAGCCAGCACACUAGACGAGUAUGGUGAUAUUCGCUGUUCACGCCCGCGCCAUGACGUAUCUAUAACGCGUAGGCGAGAUGUAUCAGGGAGGGAUGCUGCGGUGCCGCAGAAUCAUGGACCAACAGGUUGUCCAGCCCAUGCGAGCAUCACCUUUAACGACCAGGUCAUGCUGGAUCCACAUGAGCUCGAGACGGAAAUGAUGCAAUGGCCGUUUAUCGACGAAACGUGGUCAUCCGGGUUUGAUACUGGAUUUGAUGCUGCAUGGCCGAACCCGGGCUAG